AGUGCCGCGGCGGCCGCGGGUGAAGAUGGAGGCGGUGCCGCGGAUGCCGAUGAUUUGGUUGGAUCUGAAGGAAGCGGCGGAUUUUCCCUUCGCACCGGCGGUGCGGCAGUACAUCUUGAAACAUUACGGGGAAAACCCUGACAACUACAAUGAGGAGCUGAAGAAACUUGACCAGCUGCGGCAGAGCGCGGUGAACGUGACCAGAGACUUUGAGGGAUGCAGCACGCUGAGGAAGUACUUUGGGCAGCUUCACUAUUUGCAGAGCCGGAUCCCCAUGGGGUCAGGACAAGAGGCAGCAGUGCCGAUCACCUGGACGGAGAUCUUUUCGGGGAAGACUGUGACGGUGGAUGAGAUCUGCUACGAGCAGGCUUGUAUUCUUUAUAAUCUGGGUGCCCUGCACUCUAUGCUCGGAGCAAUGGACAGCAGAGUAACAGAGGAGGGGAUGAAGGUUUCCUGCACGCACUUCCAGUGUUCAGCCGGAGCUUUCUCCUACCUGCGAGAUCACUUCAGCCACUCGUACAGCAUGGACAUGAGCCAUCAGAUCCUAAACCUCAACAUCAACCUCAUGCUGGGACAAGCACAAGAGUGUCUCCUGGAAAAGUCUAUGCUGGACAACAGGAAAAGCUUCCUGGUGGCAAGGAUUAGUGCCCAGGUCGUGGAUUAUUACAAGGAAGCCUGCCGUGCCCUGGAAAACUCCGAGACUGCUUCGCUCAUCGGGAAAUUUCAGAAGGACUGGAAGAAGUUGGUGCAGAUGAAGAUUUAUUACUAUGCCGCUGUGGCACAUCUACACUUGGGCAAGCAGGCGGAAGAACAACAGAAGUAUGGGGAAAGGCUCGCUUACUUUCAAAGCGCCCUGGACAAACUGAACGAAGCUGUCAAGUAUGCCAAGGGGCAGACAGACAACGUGCAGGAGGCCCUGCGCUUUACCAUGGACGUCAUCGGAGGGAAGUACAACUCGGCAAAGAAGGACAAUGAUUUCAUCUACCACGAGGCUGUUCCACCUCUCGAUUCGCUUCAGACUGUGAAAGGAGCGUCUCUGGUGAAGGCUCUCCCCGUUAAUCCCACCGACCCCAGUGUGACCGGCACGGACAUCUUUUCCAAACUGGUGCCUAUGGAAGCUCACGAGGCCUCAUCGCUGUACAGUGAAGAAAAGGCAAAGCUCUUGCGAGAGGUGGUGUCGAAAAUCGAAAGCAAAAACGAAGCCCUAGAGCAGUUCAUGGACUCGCUGCGGAUCGACGUGGAAACGGUGGACAAUUUAAACCAGUACAGUCACAUCCCACCCGUCCUGAUGGAAAAGUGCGCGGCACUCAGUGUCCGACCAGAUACCGUCAAGAAUCUCAUCCAGUCCAUGCAAGUCCUCUCCGGGGUGUACACUGAUGUGGAAGCCUCGCUCCGGGAACUGAAAGAGCUUAUCGACCAGGACGAAUUGUCAGAGCAGAAACUUCAGGAGCUGUUCGGGAAACGUCCGGCGCCCGGCGGAGCCGCGGAGCUGAGCAAGGAGUGGGCCAGGUACAUGGAGGUGCACGAGAAAGCCAGCUUCACCAACACCGAGCUCCACAAGGCCAUGAACCAGCACAUCAGUAACCUGCGGCUGCUCAGCGGGCCCUUAGAGCAGCUCCGUGCGGCACUGCCCACUCCCGUCGUGUCUGAAGAGGAGAAAGGCGUCCUUCACAACAUGAAGCGCCUGCUGGCCAAGGUGGAAGAGAUGAGAGACCAGCGGACGUCACUCGAGCAGCAGCUACGAGACACCAUCCAGAAAGACGACAUCACCACCACCUUAGUCACCACCGACCAUUCAGAGAUGAAGAAACUGUUUGAGGAACAGCUGAAGAAGUACGACCAGCUGAAGGUGUACAUUGACCAGAAUCUGUCUGCGCAAGAGAACGUACUGAGAGCCCUGACCGAGGCCAACGUCAAGUACGCAGCCGUCAGGAAAGCCCUGUCCGAAGCCGAACACAAGUGGAACUCGAUCGUCCAGAUGUUAGUUGCCUCGUUCGAGGCUUACGAAGACCUGAUGAAGAAAUCUCAGGAAGGCAAAGAGUUCUACGCAGAUCUGGAGGGUAAAGUGACCAGACUUCUGGAAAAGGCCAGAGACAUCUGUAAAUCUCAGGAGGAGCAAAGGCAGCAGAUACUGGAAAGAGAGAUUGCGAAGAAGCCCCCACCUCGGCCCACGGCCCCCAAACCUGUGGCUAAAGCCUCCGAGGCAGACCGCGAGUCCCUGUCCAGCGCGGAGGAUCUAGACCUGCAGCAGCUCCACGCGGCCUUGUCCUACAGCGACCUCCCAGAGGACUUAAAGAGCCUUCCGCCCGAUGUACUGGCCGCUCAGCUCAACGCGGUGGCUGUGAACGGCAUGGGGCUUUACCCCGCGGAGCCGGGGGGCUUCCUGGGCCAGAGACCCCCUGGACCGGAGGCCUAUCUGCCCGCUCAUCGCCAGGGUCAGCGGCCGAUGGCCAUGGAGCCCGGCUACUCUCCCGUCUACUUCCGCCCCCCGCACGGCUCGGCCCCCAACCCCGCCCUGGGACCCCAGUAUCUGGGGGUCAGCCAUUCGGGCCCCCCGUCCGCGGCCACGGCGGGCGCCGGCUUGCCCCCCCACCGAAUGGGCCCCUCCGUGUCCUGCCCUCAGCUCCCUCAUCCGCACAGCCCCUCCUCGCCCCCGCCUUCCUACCCGGCCCCGGCCCCGCCCCACUUCCAGGCCAGGGCCGGGGGGUCACCCCAACACGGGGCCACACCCGCACCGGGGGCAGGGCACCAUUACGGUCCUGCCUGCCCGCCCGUGGGACCGCCCACGGCCUACGGCACAGGUCAGCCGGUUUCCUCUGCCAUGCCCAUGCCCCUGCCGGUCAACGCCAACCUCCACAUGGUCAGGCCUGCCCUCGCCUACCCCCCACCCCCCGCAGGGCAGUUUGCCGGCCAGAUGCCAGGAGCCAACGUGGCCUCCCAACAAGGCCCGGGAAUCCGUCCGUCCACCACCACCGUAGACAGCGUCCAAACCCCAAUAUCCAGCUUCACCCCGGACCCUCACCAGCUGCACAGGCAGACGAUGUACGGACCCCCGGUGGGGCAGUACCCCUACCCCCACCCCGGCCCCCCUCAGCCCUACAGCCACCAGACGCCCCCACACUUCGCCUUCCCCGCUCCUCACCAGCAGCCGCAGCCCAUGUUCCAACACCCCGGCCACAUCCGAGCCCCCGUGCCCGGGCCCCCCCGGCAGCCUUACCCGGGCCAGUUCCUGCCCCACAUGCAGGUCCGAGCCCCCCCACCCCCUGCCCUGCAGCCUCACCAGCCCAGACCUCACCCGUACCCGCUCCCGGCUCACCCCCCGAUGCCGCUCGGCUACCCGGUGGGCGCCGUGCAACCACCGGCCCCGGGGGAAGCCGUGCCCGUGACGCCGGCGUCCGUGCCUUUUGCCGUCCCCCCGCCGCCGCCGCCGCUUCACCCCAGCCCGGUGCCCCCGCCCUCGCCCGCCCCCCUCCCGGCUCCCGUGCCCAGCUCCGUCGUGGGUCAGAUUCAGCCGCCGGCUUUGGGGCCGGGGUCUCCCUUACCCCCAACCCCCGCACCGUCCCCCCAGCCCGCCCCCAUGAUGCCCACCGCUAUGACUCAGCGCCCCCCUCACCCCGGGACGAUCGCACCCCCUCACGAGCCGGGCUUCAAGCGGCAGAACUCCUCCACCGACGACCUGCUGUCCUCCAGCCCCGAGACCCCCCACGGGGGCCCGCAGGCCAGCGUGACGCAGCCCCUGCUCCUGCCCACCAAGGCCGACUGCAAGGAGAAGCCCAGAGGGAUCCAGAUCAUCGAGGAGGAUCCGUACGAGAAGCCGGAGCACGUGCGGAGGCUGCUGACGGAGCUGGGCAGCUUCCGAGCCGCGGUGCAGUCUCUGGAGAGACCGGCGUGCGGCAGCCUGACCGAGCUGGACUGCAAGUGGAAGGACCUCCAGGACGGGCAGGAGCGAGACGCCCGGCAGCUGUCCAUCGCCAUCGCCCGCUGCUACGCCAUGAAGAACCGGAACCAGGACGUCAUGCCCUACGACAAGAACCGCGUGGUGCUGGAGACGGGCAAGGACGACUACAUCAACGCCAGCACGAUCGAGGAGCUCUCGCCCUACUGCCCGCGGUUCAUCGCCACCCAGGCCCCGCUGCCGGGCACCGCCGCUGACUUCUGGCUCAUGGUGCACGAGCAGAAGGUCUCGCUGGUGGUCAUGCUGGUCUCCGAGCAGGAGGUGGAGAAGCAAAAGGUGAUCCGUCACUUGCCCACGGAGCGGGGGCAGCAGCUGGUACACGGACCCAUCACGCUGACGCUGACCACCCAGAAGAUCACGCAAACACACGUGGAGCGUAUGAUCGGGCUCCAGUACCGGGAGCAGAGCCUCAAACGCACCAUCAUCCACCUUCAGUUCACCUCGUGGCCCGAGCUGGGGCUGCCUGACAGCAAGAGUAACUUGCUGCGGUUUAUCCAGGAGGUUCACGCACAUUAUCUCCACCAGCGACCCCUCCAUACGCCCAUCGUCGUUCACUGCAGCUCUGGGGUGGGGAGGACGGGGGGCUUCUGUCUGCUGUACGCAGCGCUGCAGGAGGUGGAGGCCGGGAACGGGAUCCCGGACCUGCUCCGGAUCAUCAGGAAGAUGAGACAGCAACGCAAACACAUGCUUUACGAGAAGCUCCACCUGAAGUUCUGUUACGAGGUGUUGCUGAAACACGUGGAGCAAGUGCUACAGAGGCACGGAGUCACGACAGCGACCAGCAAAGCCACCGGCAGCUCAGCUCAGAAGGUUUACGCUCGUCAGGAAUCCCAGGACUUGGUGCUGGGAGGAGAUUUGCCCAUCAGUUCCAUCCAGGCCACCAUCGCCAAGCUGAGCAUCAGGUCUGCAGCGGCGGGGGGGCCGGGGGGCGCGGGGGGAGAAGUCAGAGCCCUGGGAGGGGAGGUCAGACCUACCCUGGAGCCGGGCCCCGCUACGUGGCUGGACUGGCCGAGCACUGACCCACUGAGCGCCGAGGGGACAGCGCAGGAGCUGACCACCGCCCCUACUGCCUCCACCAGCGUCCCAGACCCGCCUCCCGCGGAGGCCAGGGGGCCCGAGACCCCCCCGCUAGCCCCCCAGGGCCCCGGCGGUGAGGAGGGGGACAACAGCAGGGCCUCCUCGCUGGACCUCCUGGCCUCGCUCACCGCAGAGGCCUUCGCUAUGGACUCCAACCCCAGGAACAGGCAGAAGAUCAGCAAGGAGAACUUCCUGCAGCCCCCCAGCGGCCAGAGUCUGCAGCCUCGCCCGGCCAGCGCAGACCCCCUCAACCUGCUCGACCCCCUGUGGACCCUCAACAAAACAUGA